GACAGGAGCUUUGACCUGUGUCGAAGAGGACCGCGAGCCCCAGGCUGAGGAACUACGGGACGACUCACACAAUGAAAACUGCAGCUUAGAGACCUGUUUCUCCAACAGAGACAGAGGGCUAUCAUCUGUUUCAGACAGCAAGACAUUCAAUUCACAUGACCCUCAAAAAAGGCUUCAUUUCAGCGCGCGAGCUGGACUGGUGGAAAUGCAACGGAACUAAUGGGGCACGCGGGCUUAAAAUAAAUCCUUUUUGGUGAAUGACACUGUUUGAGAAAACCUUCGUGAUCGCAACAGAGAGACAGACACGGAAGUGCGGACAUGGCUGACAGGACUGCUCCCAACUGCCACCUGAGACUGGAGUGGGUGUACGGAUACCGGGGACAUCAGUGCCGCAACAACCUGUACUACACCGCCGCCAAGGAAAUAGUCUAUUUUGUCGCUGGUGUGGGAGUUGUGUAUAACACCCGGGAGCACAAGCAGAAAUUUUACCUUGGGCACAACGAUGACAUAAUCAGGUAGUGUAACAACACAUCCAUGCGCACACACAACGGUCAGGUUCAGCACCUCGGACAGCAGCAGCAGCCGCAGACCCACAGCGAAGUAUGAACUGAUACUGUAUUGUUGUCAGAGUAAGAGCUGGUGUCACCUUGUGAAAUGUAACAUGAUAUCGGUUUAGGUUCGUAUAUAGGGAACUCAUACACCUGCAAAACAGCAUUCCCAGAGUUUAUAAGGGGCUUCGAGUUCUCGGAGACGCUCCAGCAGGGCAAGUGCUGUCAACCAAUAGUCUACUGCAAAGACUGGACACCGUCGCUGCCUUGGAUCACACUGCUGCCCCUCUUAAUGUCUCCUUAAGUAGUUCAAGCUGUCGGAGGUGAAACCAGUAAAAAUAAACUUACACUGUCUUAACGUGCAUCAAAUAGGGCUCACGGCUUUAUAAAAUAAUAAUAAUAAAAAAAAAUCCCCAUAUCAAGACCCCCAAAAUAGUUAAAAGCAAUUUAAAACUGACUAAUUUAUCAAAUCAACUAAUAAAAGAAUUUAUUAUUUUGAGAUUUUGGGCCUCUUUUUGCAGAAGAAUUAGUUCAAACCAACAUAAAUUAUUUAAAUUUUCUGUAUUAUUGUAUUUACAGUACAAUAGUUCAUUUCUUUAGUGGAGGCAGGUGUUUUUGCCAUAUUGUACCAGGCACUUUUGUAUACUGUUUAUAAGCCGUAAUUGUAUAUCUAUAGUGUGUACGUUUUUUUGUUGUUGUUGUUGUUUUUGUAUAGCAUGGCAAAACAGAGUGUGGAUUACUUGUACUAAUGGAUCAGGGGUCAGAGUUCAACUGAGGACCAGUGCAGCAAACACCUAGCCUCUGUAGUCUGUGGGAAUGCUGCUCUACUGACUGAUCUAGACCACUUCCCAGCCUCUCACUAAAUUUGAAAGCUUUCCCAAAUCAGCCUGAAUGCCUCACCUUCUGGUUUUGAAAUCUUUCUGUGGGCUGUGGUGGCGUUUCUCUCAGUGGUCAGAAAAAUCUUGAAUCACCUGCUUUUCUCUGAUAACACACAGCAUAGUAACCAGUGUUACAUCACACAUGAAACCAUCCUCCUGUUUUUAUUUUCUAACUUCACCCUCAGCAUGCUGCACAAAAACAACAACAACAACCCAUGUCAAACACACUAGUGCUUGCAUUGACAUAUGUGUAUGUGUGUGUGUGUGUGUGUGUGUGUGUGUGGGUUGGCCUGGAGAUGACAAGUAUUAUAUAGUGUGUCGGCAGUCAGCUGGACUCUUGCUCCAUUAUUAAUGGGACAACAGAGAUGCUUACUAACCCUGGGCUGCCCUGUGGGUGAAGAGCCUGAGUUCACACACUUAACUGGUCAAGUCACUGACAGAGCUAAAGUGAAAAACACAGCAUGAAAUUAAAAAGCUAAUAAAUAUGCACAAAAAUACUGAAUUGGUGAUUCAUUAAAUUGGCCAUCUGUAUAUCUGUGCAUAUUAAUGCAAGCAAACAUGUAAGGAUUCAGUCCGAUACAGGCUCUUUAUGGUGUUAUUUGGACGUAUGCUGCACACAGCUAAAUUGAAAUAGAUAUUAAGCUUUGCUGGAACAUAUUUCAAGUACUACUGUCUUCUUAACACUGGUAAUGUUAUGGUAAUUUUUAAUCACAGAUUUUGGUCAAAUGCCAGUGAAGUCCUCAUUUCCUUCGACAUCUCAGCAGAUUCAAAGCUGAAUAAUUGUUGGAUGGCUUUCCUCACGUUGCUGUAACUCGUGGAGUGGAUGCAGCCCCCUCAGAAAGCUGAAACCUCCCUCUUUCCUUUCCAUGAUCUAUUCUGGUUGCUGCUUUAUUUUGUCUCUAUGCCAGAUAGAAAUGGGUAUUUUGCUUAAUGAAUUAAUGGUCUGUCUUGUUCCUCCAUCCUCAGUUCGAUGUUGCCCUGCAGCCACUUUCAAUUUGUCUGGAUUUCAUGGUUUUCCUUUCAUUUGCUGUCAUUUAAAGGAAUUCACAUGUUGCUGGGCAAUAACAUAAUGUAUCAAGGAUACCAAGUUCUCCUCUUUACUAAAAUUUCUCUGCACCGCAUUCCUGAAUUCUUUAAAACCUGAAUGAUCCAAGACUGAGGUUGAAAACCUGCAGGUUUUUCUGUACCACAGACUUAAUCCCUCCUUUCUUUUUUGCUAUCAUGCUGACAUAUCAAGCAUGUGCACACUGAGCUGAACAAUGCACAGCAAUACAUUUAAACACAGACAUGCACAUUAAAAAAUAAGCCGAAUUACAGAGAGAUGCUCAGAGUGUGUGAUCCCAUUGAAACCCCAUGGCUGCUGCUGAACAACACACAAUCCAGUUAGGUGAGGAGGGGUGGGAUGAGUGAGGAGUGCUUUUGUGUCAUCAUUUGUGAUGAAACAGAAAGAGGAGGUCUGCAUUGAAACAUUGUGACACUGGCUGACAGAGCUGUUUGGAUUGAUUCUUCAUCUUAAUUUGUCUUAUUUAUCUUUUAAACGAUAUACAGCAUUUCAUUAAGAUAAAAUCUAUAAAGCUCCUAUCUCUUGAGUUUGCAGGAAAAUGCUUUAGUAUCAGUCAUUCUUGUAAGAAGCCUUUUGACUUAUCUGUGUUGUCUGCUAUGAUAAAGAUCGAUGAUUUAUAAGAGGACGUUAUGAGCACAGAUGUAAAACUCUGUCUCACGUUACCAUAUCUUGUUUACUUUAUGACUGACCCCAACCAGAGUUAUGUAUCACUGAUACCUUACUGAGCCCAGUCUAGUUAGUUAGUGAUCUUCUAGAGAGAAAGGGAGUACAUUUGUAUUGAAAUUGCAGGAUAAAUAAAUUUGGUUUCCUGGUUAAAACCAGUAGAAGGUUGCAAACUCAAAGAGGUUGGCAGACAAGAGUCUUGCACCUGCACUCUGUUUGAGCUAUGUGAACUAACUCUGCAUAUUAAUGUGCAAGAUAAAGUCAAACCAUGCUCUGCAAAGUCAUCAUAGUGUGAUUAAAAACAAUCCACUGUAGUGUAUUUCAGUUUCAAAUAAUACUGACAGUGACUCAGGUGCGUAUGUGGGAAUGUGCUUUGGGCAAUUACUGUUGACAUCAGCCAUGGGAGCUGCUAGAUGUGAGUCACUUAUCCAUAAUUUGCACUUUUUUUAUUUGGUCCACAUGCUGAUAACUUUUAAUCACCAUGACUACGAUGAAAAAGUAGAAACAGAGCAUGUAGAUGAAGAUCUAAUCAGAGGAUAUGAUUUUAAAAAAGCACUUCCUACCAAUAACCUUUACUGUCUGUGAUGUCUGAUUCUUUUUGCUCCUUUUUACCUGUACACAUAUUUCUAGACAUAUUUCACCAAAAUGCUGAGGUCUCUCGUUUAAUCAUCUCUGUGAAUAGCUGAGAUCCUCUCAUAGUGGAAGGUAGCUUGGUCUCUAAAGAGCAGAUCUGUCCUCCCCCAUUAGCAUCCUCCGGGGUUUAGUACGGUUACUUAGCGCGAUAGCAUGAUUCAGCAUCCUUGUCGCUAGGAUUAAGAACAUCAAAUUGAACGGACGUCUUGUUUAAGUAGUGUCAUAAAUGUUUUACUCUGACGAGGUGGGAGUGGCUAGAUAUUGAUCUCAUAUCCUCACUUUAUCCUCAUAUAGAAACAACAGUGAUGUCAGUAUUAACAUGAUGAGCAUACAAGCUGAUUUUCUAACCUUGACAAUGAAACCAAACAAGUAAUGUGUACAAUGUGAUGUAAACAAACACUUAUUUUACCUAGAAAAUAUCAACUUCAUUAGCUUUUUCAAGUAUUGCAGGACUAAAACAAUGAUCUGACAAUUAGCCGACACGCAGUGGGGGGGAAUAUUUCUUCCUGUGUGUCAUGGCAACAUGAUCUAACCCUUUGACUUUCUCACCUGGCUGAGCAUCAUCUAUAUGUCCUGAUGAUUGUAAGUCAGGUUUUGCAUUGAAAGCUGGAAGCGACAAGUGUUUGGGCAGGUAGACACUUGAUGGGCGGCUGGAUUUAAAACAGUUCGUGGAAUCCUGGGAAAUUUUCCCUGCUGUGAAGACCUUCAGUUGUGUGUUAAUCCUCGGCUUCUUUUUAAUCCACUGUAGGUAGAUCAAACAAAGGAAACUUCAGUGAGAGAAGUGAGUCAGAGUUUCUAUGGGAGCUCAUCAUACCAGAAGGGUGUAUUAGGACUUUUUUCCACAUGUGACUGUCUGUACUGAUAGGUCAGAAAUAGCACAGAUUACUCAUAAGCAUUUAAUACAAGUUUGAUUACACAUACAGUAUAUCAAUGCAAUAAAGCUUAUUUGGCCACCUCUCACCUUGUGCUAGAUCUUUGCAUAUUCACCACAAGAAAUCUGCUCCUCGGGCUGUUUAUUCUCCUCAUAUCUACAUGAAAACAGGCAGUUUAAUUGCUGCAGUAUUUAGUUAGUUUUGUACUACAGGACUUGGCAGAUUGGAGACAGCUGCAUCAAACAGCCGUAGCCCUUCUCAAACAGGAGAACUGUGGUGAAGCGCUGCAGGCUAAGUCAUUAGUGAUGGCAUUUAGCGAGCUCUUCAACUGACAGGAACAUAAAUGAAACAUGGAUCUUUGAGCUCUCUGAAAGAUGGCAUUGCAUCGCAAACCAUGCAUAUUGCAGCUGGUAUAAAAGGUGACAUAGCUAAGGUGAAAGCAUAGCCAAGUUUAAGUGUGGGCUGCAAAUACGUUUGACCUAAGAUUUUUCAUAUAGGUUUGAGUGACGCUAUUCUACCAGCAGAUUUAUCCGCUGUGUCCAUCUGCAUCUCAAAAUCUUCUUAUCAUUUUUCACCUCCUUUUAGUGCUAUUUUUAGCUGCUUUGCUCUGAUUAUGUAAUUGAUAAAAAAGUGAGUGAGAAUUUUUCCAUGCUUGGGUUAGGUUAAACAAAGGAGGUGUAGGGAGAGGAGGUGAUGCAAAGAGAAUGAGUAAGAGGAGAGGUUGAAGAAGGACAAAGAUCCGUGCUGUCACAUGUAACCCACCUCAGCUGUCCUAGACCUCAUCUAAGCUUUGUCAGGUUGAUGGUGACAGAGUGUUGAGGGUGCAGAUGAGAUGUCACAAGUCUGACAGAAAGCACAGAGCCAGCGAAAGACAGGUUUAGGAGCUCGAUAAUGUGAAAGAUGGAAAGCUGCUUCGACUCAGCACGUUUUGUGGCCGCUCAGCCUGCUGUCUGAAAACAAGCCAGGAUUAAAAAUUCUGGAGAGCAGUUGGCAAAACAGGCAGCCUGAUUAUAAUAGAGGGAGCUCCGUCGCAGCAUGAAAUAUAUAGGCCAGGACAAGGCAAGAGGAAGAAUUGCCCAGUGAAUCACUCAGGCCUGCCUGGAACGUGACCGGCGGCUGCUGAAGGGAAGGGGGGGGGGGGGCAGGGAAAGGGAGUGACAGCUCUCUACAGAGGGCUGUUGCUCAGCUGUAGAGUGAAAAUUCUCGUAGGUGGGGGGAGGUACGAGUGAUGGGGAGGGGGGGCAGGAUUAUGUAACAGCCUCACAAGCAUAUGCCUGACGAUGUGAGGAAACCCCAGAUGAAUUAGAAAAGGUGAAAGGGGCAAAGAGUGGUGCAAGGGAUGCUGAAAAAAUGGACGUAAAUGCUGAAAAAAUUGACUCACAGAUUCACAAAUGCUGCUUUUUAUACUCUGGAAACACCCUGUAGGCGUGCAUGAUGCCAGGCUCUGUGUGUGUGUGUGUGUGUGUGUGUGUGUGUUAAGUUAAGCAUUACUGAGUUAAUUGAACCAUGUCACCUCAUCAAGCUGCCUCUCUGCCUCCAUAUCUGGACCCAUCACAGACUUAACAUGUUCAUCUCAUCCCAGUGGUUUCUGCUGGAAGGGUGAAUCCCUCGUCUGCCCCCGGCACACACACAAAACGUGCAGAUAAGCACGCAAAAUAGCCAUGUUAACCAGAUGUUUUUUUUUUCUCUCCCUGUCUUUCUCUCUUUCUGUCUCUCUCCCUGUUCAGCUUAGCUCUGCAUCCUGAGCGUGUGUUGGUGGCCACAGGACAGGUGGGGAAGGAGCCUUACAUCUGUGUUUGGGACUCCUACACUGUGCAGACUGUGUCCAUUCUCAAAGAUGUGCACACACACGGUGUUGCCUGCCUGGCUUUUGACCUCGAGGGACAGGUACAGUUGUUACACGAUCAUGAUGAUACUACUUAAAAGAUAAGAACUGACCUGAAAGUAUCCUAGUGAAUUGACUGUUUUUCUUAUAAAGAGCCCAGACAGAACCAAUAAGCUCAGCUGAAGGCACAGAGAGCUGCAGGUCGAGUUUCUGAAUGGCAUACCUUUGAUUACUAUAGACGUAUUGCUGCACCCGGACAUGCACUACUUGGUAAAAUUUAUUGGAAAACCAUCAACUGCAAUGUUUGGUACUGUGCAGGAUAGAGUUAGACAAGUCCUGGCUGAGUUAAGGUGACACAAUAGGUUUCAGUGGGACUUUGCAACAUAAAAACAUUAUUUCGAAACAGCUAGGUUAUACGAGCAAUUUUCUGUUGAAGCUUUUUCAUGUUAUGUGUCCAGCCAUCUCUCUGCAGACUUGCCACCAGUUAAUAUUUACACACUGCAGCCUCCCCCCAAUGUUGAUUUAGACUAUAAAAAUCAAUACUGUGCAGAACCACCACUAGGUUUUUUAUCUUUGCACGCCUCUCUCUUCCUCCCGGAGGAGCUCUCAGAGUGGAGUCAUACCUCCUGUAUUUCGCAAAAAGAGACAAGGAGAUGACCCCGUGCUAUUUUCCUGCUUAGGUAGAGAGCUGGGGAUUUAGAUGAACUGUGACAGAGUUUAAAGCUCGAGGAGACUCGUCGGCCUCUCAGUAUAGCGGCUCUGUUUACUCUUAAGCAAGGAAGUCAGGGCUAGACUCAGGACAAUUCAGAGGAAUCCCUCGAGUGAUUACCUCUUCCUUAUAUUAAAAACUAAAUUGAAAGACUCGGUGUUGUUUCGGAAAUCUCACUUGUGCUGUCUGGCACCAAGACAAUGACUCAGGCUGUGUUGUUUAUUGUCUGGCUGAGUUUAUGUUGAAGAUAAAGUAAUAUUUUAAGGUUAUUAAUACCCUGAUUAAAAACACGUCUGUUCACUUUAUUGAACUGAAUAUCUUCACGUAAAGCUCACAUCAACCCUGUAGAACAAUUAGUAAAAAGUGCACUUUUAUUCUGACACCUUGGCUAUAACAUUUGAUUAAUGUGAACAUCUCCUUUGGUAUAAAUGAGCAUUUUUAAUAAAAAGUACAUGAAAAUCAGAGAUUAGCUGAUUUUAGCAUCAAGUAAAACUGAUGCUAAUAAAAUUGUGCAAGUAUUUGGUUGUAAAUAACAAUAUCGGUCCAAUCUAUAUGUGCAGGAAACUUCAUGGUGAACCUCCAACAAAAUAAACUGAAUUGGCUGUGGAGUCAAAUGAGGAUUCUCUGAAGUCAUAAAAGUAAUCAUUUCACCAGUCCAAAAGCUGAGGUAUCUUUUAGUCAGGGUGUAAGUUGUGGACUAUUACACCAACAUUUCCAGAGCCACUCUGCUGAAUUGGCUCAUUCACUCAAAUUUCAUAAUAAGGAUGCUCUUUUCAACCUACUCAUUCACAUGGUUUCACUUGGUUUCAUCACAUGGAUACUCUAUGCCCAUCAUUAAAAAACACAGACUCCUCUGAUCCAAGUUAAGACAAUAGAAAUGUCUCACUAAAGACUUAUAUCUGCAGCCAAAUGUUGAUUCAGCUGUGGAUCAAAGAGGACAUCCUCCAACAUAUACAGCAGUGCUGAAGGAUUUCCAUAUAAGCUGCUCCCUUCUUUUCUGCUCUGCUGCUGCUGCUGCCUACUCACUCAGUCCGCUAUAGGAAGCACCUCCAGCAAAAGCACUCAAACAUGCUCACUGGAAGAGCCAGGGGCUGGACGAUUGCGCAGGAGUCGCCAGUAGACCUUAAAUUGUGUCCAUCUAUGCUGCAGUGGAGGUGGUUACAUCUCUGUCACAGUGAUUGGUGCAUUAGAGAGUCUUCAGUAUGUAACAUGAUUUCUUUUUCUUUGCUCUCUUCACAGUGUCUGGUGUCCGUGGGUUUGGACUCUAAAAACACAAUCUGUGUGUGGGACUGGAGGAGAGGGAAGGUUCUGGCAGCUGCUCCUGGUCAUACAGACAGGGUGAACACUUUCUUCCUCCUCCUGUCUUCUUCAUAAGCGCAGUAUCGACCGACUCAAUUAGUCGUAAAGGCAGGAUGGAGUCCAAGGCCCAUAGAGGACAUAAACAAGUUAGGCUUGAUUGAUUGUACGCUUCCAAGAGUCCGUCUGAGCCACUGCAUGGCUAAUAAAAAGGAAUUUUAAAAAGAUGAAAUACAGGCAGCUGUUGUUUCAUAAUUUCAUCCCACACACAUUAUAACACAACCAGUACAAAGACACAGACUUUCCUCUUUUAACUUCCUUUGUUGCGUUUAUAUUUCUGUUAGAAAUCCAGACUUCUGGUUUAUUGAAUAGUUUGAACUCAUUCAAAAUAACAGUGAUAGAUCAAUGAACAAUAUGCUACAUGAAAAAAAAGUCAAGUUUAAGUGUUUUUGUUUCAAUAAAACAUCAUUUAAUGCCUUUUCUUCCCACAGAUAUUCGACAUAUCAUGGGAUUUGUAUCAGCCGAGCAAGCUUGUAAGCUGUGGUGUCAAACAUAUCAAGGUAGGACACUUUCUGGUCAUUUCACAUCCGUUAGAUUACAGCCAGCUCAUCAGGGCUGUAGUGCUUGUGCCUCAUUUGAAUAAUAUCUGAAAAAAGAUUAUAAUUUUUAUGGAAGUUCUCAGAAUCCCUCGGCUCUCUGCCCCUUUCCUUCCUGUCUUCUCUGCUUUAUCGUCAUGACCAUAUCAAAGUCUUAAAAUAGAUGUAUGCAAAUUCACUUUAUUCCAGAGAUCAUGGUUAUUAGGCACUUUACAUAAGUAGGACAGGCACUGACUCACAGUCUCUUCUCUAAAAAAUUGUGUGAAUCUGCUCCUCAGAGUGAAAAGAUGUAUUAUUUUCUUUGGGGAACCAUGACUCUGCUACUCAGCCCCCCAUUUCAGCUCCCUCAUUCAGCUUUUUAAAGACCCUCUACUGUACAAACCGCAGCUGUGCACGCUUCACUUUCCUGGCCAAUCUCUAUCACUUCUUUUUCACAGAAGAGUGGUGCACAUAAAUCUUUGAUGAGUUCAUGCAGGGUAUAUUCGCCAAGCCUUCCUUUGGGAUAUGUAGUAGUGCUGCCUGAGCUGCACGGCCAUUAGGGAAACAACAAGGAGUUCAGAGAGUCACAUGAAGCUCAAUUCCAAAACACUAGGAGAAGAGUGGCUCACACUCAGAAAGGAAGCAUGCCUGAUGGCACUAUUUAAUAGGUUUGAUGCAAGCAGGAGGUUUAGCCUACUGUACGUAUUCCUCAUUGGUGUUACAAAUCACUGAUGACUCCCUCAUGUCAAUCCAGCUUGACCUGCUGCCUCUCGUAGUAAUUCCUCCUUGAACUCUUCCUCCAACACCACCUCACUCGUUCCCCCCGCCUUGCCAGUCCACACUGAGUCUUCCCCUCCUCCCUCCUCCGCUUCUCAUUCCCUCCCUUCUGGUUUUCUGAUGCCAAGGCAAUCCAGCAAUUGUCCCACAUAAUUCCCCUGCCUUCACCCUGCGGACCAUGUGACAUCUGCUCCCUGGCCCUGUGCUCGCUCAGCGAUUAUAGCACUCAGAGCAUCCAGGAGAUUUAGUCCCCGGUAAUCCACUCACUAGCAGGCUGAAGAAAACACAACCUCAUGACGAGAACUGAGGCAGUUGGCAACAGUCUCCCUCUCACGCAACUUCUCCCAGCUAAUUUUGAGUUCAUUUUUGAGUUUGAUUAGCUUCAAAGUGCUAAGAUGUCACACAUUUACAAACAGCGUUAUUAUCUACAACCUCACAGUGAUUCUUCAAGUUGUUUUUGCACUACAUACCUGGUGAUCUGGAAUUACUGAGCUAAUCAAAAGACUGAAACGUUUACUUGGGAAAGGAGUCUGAAAGAACAAAUCAGUCAUAUGCUAACCUUUUGUACGACAGGAUUUGUGCUCUGUUUCCUCUACUGUUAAUCAUGUCAACUGCUGACCGAAAUAACUCUAAAAUUCUGGACACAAAUAAGAUCACUGAAGAUGUCCCCCAGGGCUCUAUUCUUGAACCCAUUAUGUUCUUAGUUUUUUAAAAGACCUGGUAUAGAGAGCAAACAUGGCAGGAAUUACAUACUUCCAUGCUGACAAUACUAUCAUCCAAACCCAUGUUCCCCAAGUUAAAAAAAUAAAAAAAUAAAAGGAGUGCAAGAGCAUCAGUCAGCUUUUCAGUCUCUACCAUAGUUUAACUGAGUUGAAACUAGUUUUGAAUGCUCAGAAACGAAGUUUACGGUCUUAUUAAAAGCUCACAGCCAGAUAAUCCUCCACUCCUGGAGGUAAAUCAUCUAAAAAGGUGCCCCCCCUAAAUGCAGCUCACAACUAAAGGCGAGGCUUGACAAAUCCUGCUCAUGGAGGAUACAUUUUUGUCUAUGAGUGAUUAUGGCAACAUAAUGUAAAUGCAUGCAUUUUCAUCCACUUUAUGUACACUUGAUUUCGUCUAUCAUGCAUCUUUUUGCUUCAUAAUGAACACAAAAUCCCCACUGACUUGGUGACCCUGGUUUGUUUUUAUCCUUACAGCAAUUCUGGAAAACAUAUAUCUUAUUUCUGUACCCCUCUCUAUACCAGGGAACCACUUAUGUUUCUCUGAAUUAUUGAAUCAGUAAGAUUUUUUUAAUAAUUAUUGAAGACUUUACUGUAUUUUUUGACAGUCCUUAUACCUCUAAUUUGUUUGCAGUUCCCCUUGUUUUUACAUGCUCACACUUAUGAAAAAUCUGCUUGCUGUAAAACUUUGCCUAGGAAAAAUGUAAAGGAUUGUUUGAGAACAGGCAUCAAAGGAAUCGUAUGGGAAAAGUUAAAUAGUAGCUGAAGUUCAGACUUCUUUUUAUAGGGCAUGUGCUCACCAGAAUUGAAAAUCCCGUCUGUUUCAUGUCUAUUGAAAAAUGUUUCACAAUACUUUCAAACCAAAGUUUUUGGAGCUGCUAUCCAUUAAUAAAACAUUGGACCAGCCGGUAAAAGCCCUUGCCUAUGCAAUACUACUAUUAUCUAAACCCAAAGGGUUUUAUCUCCGCAGGAUUUAGCCUCCUUGAGUGACAGUCUGACAACUUCUGAGAGCUGGCAGUGUUGAAAGCAUCAAAGGAGAUCAGGCAUAGACUUCCUUUGUUUAAACAGUGCAUUAUCGUUGACUUGCUACUUGAUAUACAAGUAAGGAGAUGAGGUCUAAAGAUGGUGUCCUUAAACAGGUUGUUAGCUGUGCUUGUUUGUAGGAGUCUGUUUAUUAAAGAGUUUAAUAAUCAUCAUCAUCAUCAUCAAGUGGUGAUGGUCCCAUAUUGUAGCUAUCGUAUGUGUUUAGCCUAUGGUUUUGGAACUCCACAGUCUUCUAAGGCAGCCAAUGGUAUGAGAGUCUUCAGACAUACUAUAUACUUUCAAAUGCCAGGGAUUGGUAUAGUGUUUGACACCAUGUAGAUGGAAAACAACAGCUUUGUGAAAAUCAGCCUGCAGAAACACUGACGGCCAGUGGUCUAGUGUUGUGAGCUGCCAAAGUGUUUAUCUCUGUUAGCAUUGCAUUUAGUGCUCUGACCCUGUUCAGGGUCACUGUUGUCUAAGGGCAUGUAGGGAGAUGUCAGGGUGAGAGUGGUGGUAGCUGCUGGGUAACAAUACUAAAUGCAAAGAAUGAUGUGUAAGAUCUUCCUUCGUGUAGUAGGGGAAGUAACCAAGCUAAUGACAAACCGCUAAUCCCUGUUUAAGAGCAGAAGCUUCUGUGAAAUCUCUGAAGGAUGUUUGAAAUUUAAACAUGUUUUUUUCAGAGUAAGCAAUGCUGUAAACCAGACCCUGUUUCAUUUCAAAUGUGUGUGGCAUCACCUUUUCCACUGUGCCCCCAGUCUCUCUUUGCCUUUUCUCCCAUGCUCCUGGCCUCUACAUAAACCCCCCUAGCAUCUCUUCUCAGUAAUUCAACAGUGAAGGGAUUAGCCAGUGCCUGGGUCUCACUGCCUUAUCAGUUGUGGGCAGGGAGGGCUGUGCAGUCAUGCCGCAUCUAUUCCCUCUGCCUCCACAACAGACUGGGCCACAAAGCCCCUCUCCCACCCCUUUCUCUUACACAUACCCAACACUUGACACAAUUAAACCUAAACACACUACUAUACCAGAUUACUCACAUACCUAUGACCUUUUCCUACUCAGCCCUGACCAUGUGCAUAAGCUGAUGCACAUGCAAAUUCACACUCUCAGAAGGCCUGUGUUGUUGAGGUGUGUAUAAGCAUUAGGUGUUUGAUGGCAGAGCUGUAUCUGAAGGCUGUGAUGCCAGUGUCUGAUAAUCGAUCGCUCCUGUUAGCACACAGCAGCUCUAUCAGUCUGGAGUAUGUUUGUUAGUGAGGAUGUGACAGACUGUCACCAUCAAGGAGCUCACAUGGGGCGCCGCUCUAGCUCAGUUGGUAGAGUAGGCACCCCCUGUACAGAGGGUACCGCCUUUAUAGGAUUAAUUACCAGUCCUGACAUAAUUAUGUGCACAUCAUACCCUCUCUUUCUCUCUGUCUUGCUCAAGCUUUCUUAACAAACAACGCCAAAAAAAGACCCAAAGAAUGAUCGUAAUAAUAAAUAGCUGCUGUGUUUAUCUCAUGAUUUUUCAUCAUGUUCCUGUGUGGUCAAAAACAAACUCAGCGUCUCCCCACAGUUUCUAUCUUUUCUGAGCAGAAUUAAAAGUCAUUACCCCAUCAUAGAUAAAUUUCAGGUACUGCAAAUAAUAGGCUGUCAUUCUGUCACUUCCCAGCUGCUUUCAGGUGAUGAAUGUUCAUCUGUUUUACAUGCAGACGUCUGUGUCUCAACAUCCAAGACCCCCUCCCCACACUCACCCCCUGUGAUCUCAUCUCCAUGCAGACCCAGCGUCUCUUUUUCACCCUCUCCCCCUCCGUUUGAUGGAUUUAGCCCUCAGACAGGGCUGUGCCAGUGCAUCCCAAUGACCUUGUUCAUAAAUAAUGAGCCCCAGUGUGUGUGCGUACGUGCGUCUGUGUCUGUGCAUGCCGAUCAGGUGGUUAAAGCACUGACCCCCAGAAUGAGUCCCCAGUAUCACAUGAGGAGUGGGGGGGUUUAGAUUUGACUUUUCUCCCUUUUCAAGGUCUGUGUGAGUGUGCUAACAGUCUGUGUGGCUGUCAAACAUAAAUAACUUGAUGGUUUUCAUGCCGUUGUAUCCAAAUGUUCAAUAAUUGUCCAUUUGCUCUUUCAGGACAGGAUUACAUCAGGGAUUAGCCACCAUGCUUUUUUCACUCUUUCUGUUUUUGUUUGCAGUUUUGGAGCUUAUGCGGUAAUGCUCUCACACCCAAACGUGGCGUUUUUGGCAAAACGGGGGAUCUCCAAACCAUCCUCUGCCUCGCCUGCGCCAAGGACGAGGUCACGUAUUCAGGUGCCUUGAAUGGUGACAUCUACGUGUGGAAAGGGAUCAACCUGAUGAGGACAGUGCAAGGAGCUCAUGGGGUGAGUUUUAUAAGAGCUGCGUGUUCGGUACUGUGUGGCCCAGGCUGAUUUUUCAUACUUACUGUGUUUCAUUAUAUUAAAAAAAUCACAGUAAAAGCAUCCCGUACACUGAACUCGGGCUGGAGCCAUGCAUUCAGUAGAAAAAGGAUCAGCCUUUUACUCCACCACAGGAUUAAAUGAUAUCUAUUGGAUCAACAGCUGGGUGAGGGGAUGGGCGGAUGGGGGAGGGGAUAAUAAGUACAGUGCCUGUUCAUUCCUGCGUUUUGUCCCACCAAAUGUCUCUCUGAGGGUUUAGGUAAGUCAUUGUGUACACAGAGAGCCAAAAAAAAAACACCAGCUGAGCUUUUCAGUAACAGAAGAAAUGAAAUAAUGAUCCCCUUCUCCUGGUUACUUCAUCCAUGAUAUCUUGAUAUGCUGAGACACACCAAGUCUUGUUAAACAAAUGUCUGAUUAAGCAGCACAACUACACAGCUUUCAGUUCAGAUUUGUUUUACUGUUACUCAAUUUUCAUGCACAUUCUCAUUGACAGACUGUCAUUUCUUCCAGUCAGGGAUUUUUAGCAUGAAUGUCUGUGAAGAGGGCUUCGCUACAGGGGGCAGAGACGGCUGCGUCCGGCUGUGGGAUCUUAACUUCAAACCAAUUACUGUCAUCGAUCUCAGGGAAACAGACCAAGGAUAUAAAGGUGAAGACACACUGCCUCCUUUUUAACUUUUAACCGAGUACAGAGUGACCACAAGCUAAAUCUUGGCUUUCUGUGGUGCUGACAGAAAUGUAACCCCUCCUAAAACCAUCCUUACUCAUCCUUUUCCUUCUUUUUACUAAUGUUCUCUUUCUUUUCUAUUUCCUCAUCUCUUAUAUUUCUAAUCUUGGACCUUACAGUAGCAAGAGGUGAAAAUAGCCGAGGUGGGUAAUGUCAUAGCAGGCAGAGUUAGUAAAUAUGUCGGUCUGUUUGUACAAGUUCCCAUAUUGUUCUGUAGUUCCUCUCAUUGUUAGUGAUUCCAAGGUCUGUUGCAUUUUUACAAUGAAUACAGAUGUUAUGUCUGCAUACAGUUUGUAUACAGCACAUGCUUCCCUUGCUGUAAUAGAAACAGAGUUAAGUAAGAUUGGCUGUCAUUGUUUGAUCAAAUCCAUCCCAGGCUGCCUGCUGUUGGCUAUUUACACCUCCCGUCUUAAUCAACCCUGUCUCGUCUCUUAUAUCGUCUGUCCGCUUUUACGUUAGCAUACUUUUUUUGUGUCUUUUUCCACUUAUUUUUCACUGUUUGUGUUCCUUUGAUAGGGUUGUCUGUGCGCAGCGUGUGUUGGCGGGGAGAUCACAUCUUGGUUGGCACACAGGACAGCGAGAUCUUUGAAGUGGUGGUGCAUGACCGCAACAAGCCCUUCCUCAUCAUGCAGGGUCACUGUGAGGGUGAGCUGUGGGCUCUAGCUGUUCACCCCACCAAGCCUCUGGCCAUGACAGGAAGUGAUGAUCGCUCAGUCAGGUGAAAUUAUAGUAUUAAGAGAUAUUUGAGGGGAAGAGUUACAGCACUCGAAAGCAAUGAGCUAGGUUGUCUGAAUCAAGGAACUUUUUAGGAAUUCACUUUUAUAAUUUGGGGUAUCAAUCUCUCCUUGAUAGAUCUGUGAUUAUUGUUGCGCACCUUAUUUUGUUUUGGUAAUGAAGCAGCUGUAACUAUCUGUAAGGAGUCAUAAACAAACACAUAUAAGGUCAGACACCACAGAUAUUACUGCCCUGGUUGUUUGACUCGGUGUAAUUACUGCUCUGUAUUUUCAUUUGUCCGUGCCCCUCUGUGUCUAAAGGAUCUGGAGCCUCAUAGAUCACGCGCUGAUAGCUCGCUGUAAUAUGGAGGAGCCAAUCCGCUGUGCAGCCGUGAGCACUGAUGGAAUUCAUCUGGCGCUGGGGAUGAAGGAUGGCUCCUUCACCGUUCUCCGAGUCAGGUGGGCACCCAAUCCAAAAGACAAAUGGGAAAUUUUGAUGCUUUGUGAAUUCAACCUUUUGUGUCCGUUUAAGCCUCUCAUCCCGGCUACAUUUGUCUGCUCUCCUCCAGAGAUAUGACAGAAGUUGUGCACAUCAAGGACAGGAAGGAGGCCAUCCAUGAGUUGAAGUAUUCUCCCGAUGGCGCCCACUUGGCUGUUGGCUCUAACGAUAAUUCAGUGGACAUCUACGGUGUGGUGCAGAGGUACAAGAAAGUUGGCGAGUGUAUCGGCUCCAACAGCUUCAUCACACAUAUGGAUUGGUCAACAGACAGCAAGUACCUACAGACCAACGACGGCAGCGGCAGGAGGCUUUUCUACAGGAUGCCAAGUAAGAGCAUGUUCCCAUGGGACUAAAUUUGUCUGAGGUUUCAUGAUUCCACAGCAUCUCUUUUAAGAUGAAAUGUUUGUCUUUUGUUGAGGUGGGAAGGAGGUGACCAACAGGGAAGAGCUGAAACUGGUCCAGUGGGCGUCAUGGACGUGUGUGUUGGGCCCAGAGGUUAAUGGAAUAUGGCCCAAAUACUCAGAUAUCAAUGACAUCAACUCUGUAGACGCCAACUUCAGCAAUCAAGUUUUAGUCACGGCUGAUGACUAUGGAUUAGUUAAACUUUUGAGAUACCCAUGUGUUAAAAAAGGUAAAGAAAGUAAUACUUUAUGAGUUAUGUCUGGAACUUUUGACAAUUAUUAUGUGUUAUGUUACUGAUAUGAGUCCUUUUGAUUUUAGGUGCAAAGUUUAAAAAAUAUUUAGGUCAUUCAGCUCACAUAACCAACGUCAGAUGGUCACAUGAUUGCCAGUGGGUUAUAAGUAUUGGUGGUGCUGAUCACUCGGUGUUUCAAUGGAAGUUUGUUCCUGAGAGAAAGUCCAAAGAAGCUGUCCACAUCGCCCCACAAGGUAAGAUGAUUCCCCGCCACAGGCACUGUGUAAUAAUGCCUCGGGAAUAUGUGCUCCAAAAAGAGGAUUCAGAUCAAUCUGAUUAAGGAUAUAACAGUGUUUCAUUUUAUCACCGCUUUGUGUAGUGAACAAUGACUUGCAUUUUUGAUAUUGUUAUUUCACAAAAUCCUCAGCCCCUGCCAACACAGCAUUAUCAAAUUAAGUGAGGUGUAAAUCCCUCAAUAUCCACUCAAAUAUUGCAGAACACAGAGUGAAGAAAAAAAUUAAUUUAAAAAUAGAUUUUUGUUGAAAGAGUAUUUGAUUUCCCACUGUUAACUUGCUCAUGAUACUACUUUCAUCUGCUCUGCUUUUCUGGAAGAAGUGGAAAAAACUAGCCCGGUUCUCCUCAAAGUCAAAACAUGUGCCCACAACUACUUUACAGCUGACACAUUAACAUGCUGUUUACACAGUAAGAGAUUGAAAAAGGCAACUUGGCAAGACAAGAGGAAAACUAUGAUGUGUGUGGGUCAUUAUUUGGGAAAAAGCUAAGCUGUUUCCUCUUGUUUCAGGUGUAAAUGUUUAAGUUAGCCAGGCUGACCUCCUUCUUGCUCCAUGCUUAAAGGAAUAGACAGCUAGUUAGCUCAACAAAGGAUAUGUUGAUUUUACAGUUUAACUGGCUUUCCACUGAGGGAUAGACGGCUAUUAGACGUCUAGUUUUUUUUUAGACCUGAUUUCAAUCGUCUAGAUUCUGUAUAUUUCUGGACAGAAUUUAGACAUUGCACUUUAACCCAUUAUUCGAUAACUAUAUAUUUCAAAAUAAUGAUGAUAACCGUUGAGCAAUACACAGUGUAGUAUAGAUAUAGCCAAGAUUUAGAUUUAGUUGGUCUAAAUUUAGACGUCUAAAAAACUUUCAUUUUUAGACCUGUGGUAGCCUGAUUUUAGACCAGUCGUCUAGGCUACAUUUAUACGUCUAUUAGACCUCUUUUAGACCAAAAAAUGCUCAGUGGGUUGCAACCUAGCAGCUCCCUUUGUAUGCUUUUGCACUAAGCCAAGUGAUCCAUCCGCUAGAUACAUAUAUAAGAAAGGGUUCCCUGAAGACCUAUAUGUAGGUAUCAGUGAUCUUGCUGUCUUCCUCUUAGCAGCAGAGCCUGAACUGACAAUAUUUACUACAUGUACUCCUUUAAAAUCAGCCAAUGUGUUACAAAUAUGUGCCUAAAAAUAUCACUAUUUCAACUCUGUGCUUUGUUAAUGUGAACCCGAAAUCACUUCCUUACCUGUAAGGAGUUGUUUUCGUGCUGUUACUUAAUCUGCUCCUACCACCCUCAUAAAAUUUAAGUGCUGUACCACUGGAGAACAAUGUGCUAGAUUGCUCUGUCUAAUGCCUUUCACAAGCUACCGUUUCCAUAAAGCUCUGCAGACAAACAGCCAUCAUAUUAAUUAGGAAGAUUCCAAUAAAAGUGAAUGAGGCUUGGAAAGUAUAAUUGCAUUGUCAUUCCCAACUCAUAUUUUCUUCCAGAGACAGAGCGAAGCACUGUGGUCUGAAGUCAAAGCACAUACCAAAUGCCUCUCCUUUUAAUUUUCCUAAUGGAUAUUUUGAGUAGCCACCCAUAGCUGCCUGUUCUGCUUAAUGCCUUGUCUGGGCACCGCUUCAUUGUGCUGCGUCAGUGUUUUUAUGCAGUUAUGAUGUCAUUGUGACGCACCACUGCCUGAUAAAUAGAUGUCACCCUAAUAUUACGUGAUUGACCCUCACUCUUACUGAAAUGCAGUGCAGUGUGUUUUUUUCCCUGUUUGUGCAGAAGCAUAAAUUUAAGGACACAGGGGAAGGUUUUACUAACAAGGUGUGAUGCAACCUUGUUUCUGCCUGCAGAGACCUUGGCUGACUCCAACAGUGAGGAGUCAGACUCAGAUCAGUCAGACGUACCUGAGAUGGACUCAGAAAUCGAGCAGGAGACGCAGCUCACAUAUCGACGGCAGGUCUGGGUUCAAAUAAAAUAUAAUCCCCUUUCGACCAUGUCUCCCUGUUGAUGAUGUUGAAUAUUAAUCAGAGAAUAUGCACGCUUUCUGCAUACAUCUAGGUUUAUAAAGAAGAUCUACCUCAGCUCAAAGAGCAGUGCAAAGAGAAACAUCGAGCUACGGCCAUGAAGAAGAGAGAGCGAGCUCCAGGGAGCGGGGUGAAGCUGCACUUCAUCCAUGGGUAGGCUUACUUUAACAUCAGAAAGAUAAACUCUAAACUUCUUAAAUUGAUUUAUUAUAAGUUUAAAAAAAGCAAACCUUUUCAUUUUAUCUUUAGUCCAAAAUACAUUAAAGUAUUUGUGUUUUCUGUUGUUUGCAGGUACAGGGGUUACGAUUGCAGAAGUAACCUGUUCUACACUCAGACUGGGGAAAUAGUCUACCAUGUCGCUGCUAUUGGAGUUGUUUACAACAGACAGCAGAAUACUCAACGUUUCUACAUGGGCCAUGAUGACGACAUCCUCUGUUUGGCUAUCCAUCCCCUCAAGGACUUUGUAGCAACAGGCCAGGUAUAGCUUCCAGCACCUCUUAAAUCAAAUAUUCAAAAGCUCUUUACGCUGCGCAACAAUCUUGGAAACUUUUCACCACAGUAGGCUCAAAUUCUCCAGUGUAAAUGGUUUGAAUAAGCUUGUUGUUUUUUUUUUCUCUCAAGGUUGGCAGAGAUUCCUCCAUUCACAUAUGGGACACAGAAACGUUAAAACCCAUGUCUGUGUUGAGGGGUUUCCACCAGCUGGGAGUGUGCGCCCUGGAUUUUUCUGGUAACGCUCACAGCUUUUUUCUUUUACUGCUUUUCCUCCUUUCCAGACAAAUUCAACAAAACCCACAUUUUGUAUUCAUAAAUUCUUCCAGACACCCUGCCUUCACAGGGGAUCAAAAAUGCUCCUCACACAUUAAUGAAAAAGGAAAAUUCACAAGUUACCAAAUAGACAGACACCAAAAGAAAACAUUUCUGCUGUCAGUAUCAAGGUAGACGUGUUCAUCUCACUUCCUUUAAUUGGCCCCAGACAGAGGCAGAGUGGUGAUCUGUGUGUCAGUGCUGGCGAAUUACCUGGCGUAGAUCAAACCCACUGGGCUGCUUUCAUGUUGCUAAUAAGGGCCAAACUUCUUUGAAAUAAAGCAGGAGUGGACGCUGUCUGUGCUUUACUGAAAGGUUUUGGUUAUUUUCCACAGCGGAUGGUAAACGGUUAGCCUCAGUGGGCCUGGAUGACAACCACACCAUCGUGCUGUGGGACUGGAGGAAGGGAGAAAAGCUCUCUGCCAUGAGGUUAGUACACUUACACUGGAGUGUUUAACCAGCUGCACCAGAAAGCUCUGACAAAUCUUCCAUUUAAUUAUGAAGAUUGUUAGAGCGCUUUUAGUUUAAAUAUGGACAAUUAUUGAUGAGGGCUAAAUUGAAGCCACUUUGCUGUGCCAGGCUGACAGCGUGAUUGAUGAAGGAGAAGAAAGAAAGGGAAUUACUUCUUAUAUGGCAGGGCUGCUUCACUGGAACACUUAACCCUGCUAGAGUCUGGAUGGUAGGAAGAGGGUUUGCCCCAGGGUCCUAUCUCUGAAUCAAUAAUUAAAGGGAUUACUUUUAAUUUACAUCUGCUAUGGACUCAUCCUGCUGAGCUGGUGUUUCAUGUACAGGAUUUUACUUUGACAAGGAAACAUGACUUUUGCAAAGGCAUGCUGUUGCUUAUGUACUAAAUAAAACAUAAACAAAGAGCAAAUAACUGUGAUGAAUAUAUAUUUAAUUUUCAUUAAAACAUGUCCCCUAAUUUAUUCUGAAAAGUGACACAACUUGCAUCACAUUUGCUUAAGGUUAAAAUCCACAUCUCAGGGAAAAAAAUUAAGUAAAAGAAAAAAAUUCAGUCUAAGGCAACAUAAGCUAAAGCUCAAGUGUGAAAGAGUUACUGUAUCAUCGUUUGCUUACAACAUGAAUUAUAUAUGAUGAGAUGUGGUGCAGACAUACUCAGCUUGUACAUUUGAUUAGAUGUUAAAAUGAUUUGUUCAAAACUUGAUGUAGGAUUUUCUCUUACCCCGCAGGUUAAAUUAUAUAACCUGAAACCAGUAGAAACCAGAGAUAUCCAACUGGAAAACAUCCGUAGCCCAAAAUAUCUCUGCUUUGCUUUGUUGCCUGCUCUACUCAAUGCUCAUAUUCAGCAUCUACUCCAUUGGAACUCCCCCUGGCUAGUCUGAAGCAGUGCAUUGUGGGUUACUCUCCUGCGUUUUGUUUGUCAGUCUCCCACUACAGUUCAGGGACAGCUUGGAGCUGCACUAAUCUCCUUUGCAGACCCUGGUGGGCAGUGCGGUGAAGCGGGCGUAGGGAAAUGGGGCCUGACAGAGCCGAGCUUGCGCACCGCCACUGUCUGGUCUCCGGCUGAGGAAGGAGGAGGAGGAGGAGUGGGUGUGAUAGGAAGGCUUAGAAAGAGGGUGAAGAGUGGCUAAAAGUUGGAAACAGACAGAGCAGAGGGAGUAGAAUGUGUUUGGUACGGCCAAAAGCUUAUAUCAGUUUCCUCUCUCCUGAUACUUCAAAGAGGGCAAACAAAUAAAGAGUUUAGUGGCAUGAUUAGUUAUAAUACUACAAUCCAAUAAUGAUAAACCAAACUACUAUGCACAUGACAGCGUAGCUUUGGGGUGGAUUAAAAAUGUCAGUUCAGAAACAUUUCAUUACAUUAUGUUUUUUUAUUCAAGGGGAAGCAAGGACAAGAUAUUUGUCAUCAAAAUAAACCCCUACCUUCCUGACAAGCUCAUCACAGCUGGUGUGAAGCAUAUGAAGUUCUGGCAUAAGGCUGGUAAGAGUCCUCAGUCUUUUUUCUUUUUCAUUUUAUUAGACAGCAGAAACUCUAAUAAGCAGAACUCUGUCUUCUCUGUGGAGAGUCUCAACCUGAGUCGACCGUCUGUUUUUCUUUCAGGUGGUGGUCUAAUUGGGCGCAAAGGGAACAUGGGGAAGACAGAGACGAUGAUGUGCGCUGUGUACGGCUGGUCGGAGGAGAUGGUGUUUUCAGGCACAUGUACAGGAGACAUUUGCAUUUGGAGGGACAUGUUUCUGAUGAAGACUGUCAAAGCGCAUGACGGCCCUGUAUUCAGCGUGCAUGCGCUGGAAAAGGUACCACUGAGAUUAAUAGAGAACAUCCUAUGCAUGCAUAGUACUCUCAUUUUAUUCAGACAAUGCUUUUAAGCUGAUCAUUGAAAAUAGAAAAUGAAAAAAAAAUUAAUUGCAUUAUACAUGAACGUUUUAUUACUCUUCCAUUUUGAUUUAAUUUAGGCCUAGAUUUAUGUAUGUAUUUGCAUAACAAGGGCAUUGAUGGACUGUGCUGUAGCUGUUUGCGAGGGGGUUGCCUUGACUUCACCUCUUUGCUUGAUUUCUUGUUUGAUACAAGGCAAACAGAAACACACAAAUCGUGUGCUAAAUAUUGUUUUAAUUUGUUUCCUUUUACAUGCAACUACUUUCUCUCUCCCCAUUUUCAGUGUUUUGUUGGGGCUCAUCCCAACACCUGAGAGUUAACUGAAUAUGCUAAUAAGCCCGCUGCUAGCUCUCUGAGCAGAUAUUUGUGUCACGGUAGCUCGACAAUAUUACUCCUAGUGAGCAAUAGCUUAAGUGAUCUGGACUGUUGACAGAUGACCUGAAAAUUUCAAUGCGUAUCAUCCAGCGUACAGCAUUUACUCUCUCUCCUAUGUAAUAUCAAGGUUUGCACCUUUAUCCUAAUUUUCUUCUGAACACACUUUGAGACUCGACUCAAAGUAGAAUUCGUCAUUUUUCUGCCCUUCCUUUUUUUCUGGAUAGUAUUAAAUUAUGAAUUUGCACUGACCUUUUUAACAAGCAGGAGAUCCUUUCAGGGUUAAAUGUGCCAUAAUUUCACUCCCAUAGGGAUUUGUGACCGGAGGAAAGGAUGGUAUAGUUGCUCUGUGGGAUGACACAUUUGAAAGAUGCCUCAAGACCUAUGCCAUCAAGAGAUCAGUCCUCGCUCCAGGCUCUAAAGGUAAAAAGGUCACUCUGUUUCCUUUUGUCCCCCACUCUCAUUUUUCCUUGUUUCAGAGAUGUACUCCACCGAGUCAAUGCACAUCCAUUUAAAACAUUCAGUGCUUUCAGCUGUGGUGAACAUUUCCUGCAGCGUCUUGGUUCAAGCUAAGGUCUCUGACUUCAUGCUAUAAUUCAUCCACUCUGCAGGGCUGCUCCUGGAGGAUAACCCCUCCAUACGUGCCAUAUCUCUUGGCCACGGACACAUUCUGGUGGGGACAAAGAAUGGAGAGAUCUUGGAGGUGGACAAGAGCGGUCCCAUCACUCUGCUUGUCCAGGUAAUUCAAAAGACACUCAAACCUGUCACAAAUCUUGUCACAUACAAGGACAUCAGAUUCCAGGUGAACUUUGCUUACAUAAGGAGACAGCCAGAGGAUUUUUACAGCAUGUUUUAGUCACACUCUAAAAACACUUGGGUUAUUUCUUCAACCCAAUUCCUGGGUUAUACAUGUUGAGUGAAAUUUCUGGGUUAUUUUUCAGAUCCAUACCCAUUUUUUUGGUUCAUAUGGAUUCUAUUUUAACCCAAUUUGAGGGUUUUUUGAAUGGGUUAAUAAUUAUGGGUUAUUUUCCUGAGGGGUACAGGUUGUAAAAGCAAAGCUCCCAAAGAAAGCUCCCCAAAUGCAUAUAUCAAUUUAACCCAAGAUCAUGAGUCAAAUUAACUUAAAGAUUAGGUUAACUUGACCCUUAAAAAUGGUUAUUGAGUCAACCCAGAAUCUGGGUUAAUUUGAAUAACCCAACAUUCUGGGUCAAAAUAACCCAAUAAGUAGUUGUUCCCUUUUUUAACCCCGGUGUUGUUGUAUUUAGAGUGCAGCUUCACCUCUGGCAACUCUCAGUAGUAUCUUUAAAGCAGCUCCAAAUGAGGAUUAGAUUAGCCCUCAGAUUUUUUAAAUACAACAGCAAAGGGAGAAUAUGUUAAUGUGAUGGAGAUCUUAUCUGUCUAACAUAUUUAAUCAAAAGCAGGGUCUUUAGAGUGAGCAGAGCACUUACAAAACUGAUAUUUGUGAGACAGCAAGGUGUGCCGUGUUUAAGUUACCGAGCAUUCAGACUAAUGUCCUUUUCUUUAAACAGUAGAAAUGAAACGUGGCGUGAGGUUUCUGCCGCAGUAGUCUGUAAGCGCUGCAAAAUUUGGCUCCAAGAAAUAUGAGCUACGCCCUGAAAAACAGUCAGCAGAUGCAUAUCCAUUUUGUUGACUCAUGUCUGUUUUAUUCUGCACUGCGGGUCCACCAGGGAGGUGACCAUAAAUGGGGAUGAAUUAUUGCUGUUGGAUAUUAGGAGAUUGUUCAUUUAGUUAAGUGGCCCUGCAGCGUCUCCUGGCUCCUCUGAUUGGAGUGAAUGAUAUUGAUCGCCCUUUUCAAAAGCUUUGAAAUAUACAAGUGCAUUUUGUGGGAUAUGACCAGUGAAGGUGAGAGGUAAAAGGUUGUCCUGGGUCAUGUCUUAUGUAGGUAACAUAAGGGAAAUAAAUUGUUAGUUACAACUAGAAACCCCUGACUUCUGUAGCUUCAAUUGAUGUCAGAGAGAGAGGGAGAUAUAAUGAUUAGGUAAAGAUUGGUGCUCUUCCCUAUGUAUUGGUGAUAGACAGUUAUGUUGUUAUAGAGAAUAAUGACGAUAAAGAAAUAUAGACAGGGCUCAAUCUGGUCACAUUAGUGGUGUUUUUUAUUUUAAUUCACUUUGCUUUGUGUGACGUCUUCAUAAUCGGUAAUGCCAACUGUCACGCCGAGGAAGAAAAAUACAUCGAGCCCCUAAACAAAAAUACAUAACAUUCAUGCUUACUUGAUAGAUAAACUUGAUAAUGCUUUUCUCUGUGUCUGCAGGGCCACAUGGAGGGUGAAGUGUGGGGCCUGUCCACUCACCCCCACCUCCCCCUCUGUGCCACCGUCAGUGAUGAUAAAACCUUGCGCAUAUGGGACCUCUCGCCCAGCCACUGCAUGUUGGCGGUACGCAAGCUCAGAAAAGGUGAGUCACUGCUCAAAUGCUAACAGAUGAGUUUAUUUUCCAACAGGAUGUGCACAGGUCCCAAGGCUAUAACAAACAUGUUAUCCUCCACAGGCGGUCGUUGUUGUUGCUUCUCCCCUGAUGGCAAAGCGUUGGCGGUGGGCCUGAAUGACGGCAGUUUCCUCAUUGUGAACGCAGACACUCUCGAGGACCUGGUGUCCUUCCACCACCGCAAGGACAUCAUCUCUGAUAUCAGAUUCUCUCCAGGUCUGUGGUUGGCCCCCACAUUUCUAAACCAUUUCAAAAAUACCCCAUGUCCCAGCAAAUAAAGCCUCUAAAAUCUGCAUGCCCUCAAAAGCAUCUUAGUGCAUGUAGGAUUCUGUGUAGAAAAUUCAGCAGACACACACAUUUAUCACCCACUGUUGAGUUAGGUAGAUACUGCUGCAGGCCUGACCCAAAUUAAUAGAUUUCUGUAACAGGGCCAGACAGAGAGACAGCAAGAGCAGAAUGUGAAAAAGUGGGGGUGGCUGAAGUGAGAGCAAGAAACUAAACUCUCUUCCACCUGGACAUUUAACCUCGAUCCACACUGCAACAGAUCCCAUUUCCCGACCCAGCACUCAUGAAUCCCUGAGAGCCUGUGUCUUAGAAAGAAAUUAAUCUGCAGAGCGGCACAAUACUGAUUAGGAAAUUGAUUUAGAGAGGUUAUUAGAGUGGGAACAUUUUUGUUCUUACCCGAAAACCUUAUAAUAAGCUGCAUACUGACAUGAGUUUAGUGAAGACUGAUGAUCCUACACAUGCCCUACAUACAGUCAUGCCAAAUAACAUACGAUUCUUCUAUCAUUUUUUAGAGUUGCACUCAGAUUCAAAACCUUGUUCUGCUUCAAGUCAGAUGAUCACUGACAUCAUUUAGACUUGCUUUGCACUGAGACUACAAAUUCUGUAAACUAUUUUGUGGUAAUCAUACUAGUAACUGCUCCUAUGUUUCACUUAAAAAGUGAAAAUUUUACCUGCUGUUAUGGCAGAGGACAGUCAGAGGAUCACUGAAGACAUUAAGACUGAAUCCAGGUUUUUUAUUGGGAGGGUUUUACGCCUUUAUUUAUAGAGUGGUUAAAGAAGGAAGCUGAGAGGAAAGAGCAAGGGCUGACAUUAAGCAAAGGGCAGGAGGUCAGAAUUGAUCCUGGACCACUCACUCCAUGGACAUAACCUCUGUACAAGAACUAAUUGACUUAACUUGCUUUGAAUAAAUGUGAGGAUAUUUUAGCCAGUUUCAAGGUCAUGGACAAGUUGAUCAACAUGCAGAAUGACACUACCAAUUAAAAACGAAUGAUUCUGUUAAUUUAUAGUUCAUAGAGUUAAUGUGUCUAACUGGGACUUCUUUUUUUUUUUGACCAGGUGCUGGAAAGUAUCUUGCAGUAGCAUCAGGAGACACAUUUGUGGAUAUUUACAAUGUAAUGAGUAGCAAACGGGUUGGUGUAUGUAAAGGAUGCCAGAACUACAUUACCCAUUUGGACUGGGACAAGAGAGGUAAAGGCACUUACUUCAAUACUUUAUUCAUUUUUCAGAAGGUCCUUUGAAACAACUGCUUAAAUACAAAUCGGAGAACCAGAAAUGUCUCUGUUUAAAAACAGUUGAGCACAGCUGCCCACUGUGCUUUUUUAUUCACAGGAAAACUACUCCAGGUCAACACAGGUGCUAAAGAGCAGGUGUUUUUUGAAGCUCCUCGCGGCAAGAGGCAGACUAUUCCAGCUACAGAGGUAAGCAGAGAAAGAAGACACAGGAGCAAACAUGGUUAUGGAGCUGUUGGCGUUCCUUUGGGAUCAUGGGGGGCUUGGGGAGCAUUAACACGGCCCACUUUUCACCAAUUCAUUCUAAUUUUGGCAAAGGAAGUGGGAUAUUGUUUGGUAUCUCAUUAAUAUGAAGUGACAUUCAGACAUCUUACGAGACAGACUGUGGAGGAGAGCAUUAUGAAAAUAAAGCCCAGAGGUUAUCUAUGCUACAGAGAUGCGCUUGGCUGGAACCCAGACAUUCCUCUUUUCAUGCACCACACUUUAUCAUUGCCUUACCAUCAGUUUUAUUCUGUCUUGUACAUAUGUUAAGAAGCUAUUAGUAAGAUGGUUUGUGGACUUCUCUUUUCUCAUUUAUGGUGUAUUUGUAAAAUGAAAAGUAUCCUGUGAUGUUUAGUCAUGAUAUAUCUGAUACUUUGAGCAAAGGAGUGCCUCUUGGAUCUGUUCUAGGCUCCAUUUUAAUUAUUUUAUUAUUGAUUAUUCAAUUCUUUAGUCAUAUUAUUUUUAUCAUUGAUUGCAGUGUAAUUUAUCAUGGAGUGUAUAUUUUGUUUAGCAUGGUACUAUCAGUAGAUUAACAUGGAGGUAUAAAGGCUGGGUGUCCCCAAAGUUUCUCAGUUUAAAUUUGAAUAAGAAUAAGUUUAUUUUUAUUGGCCUUGAAAGAUAAUUUAUAUGAAAUACUCCUCAAUAUUGACUGGAGAGUUUCAGAAAAACACAUCUUCGGUUUGAAACUUCUCUUGCCUGUGUUGUCCUGAACAUGGAGACAGCACCUGUGUAGAUUUCAGAUGAGAAGAGAAGUGAUAGUGUUGACUACAGAUCUGUUUGGGUAGUUUUGACUGAGCAGGGCUCACUGUGUCCCUCUUUGCAGUGCUUGCGCUAAUGAAAAGUGAAGUUAUCUAUCUGAUGGGUUUAGCUCCAAAUCCCAUUGUCAGACCAGUGAGUGGCACCGGUUCUCACAUGCAGAGAGUGACGAUGUUAAGAACCUGCUUAAAACCAUGUUGGAUAAUAAAGCUGUUUCAGAAUAUAACAUUACAUUUUGGUAAAUCAUCAUAGUAGCCCCUCUAAUUUCAUUUCUGAGUUGUAUUUAUUGUGCGGUGCUCUGUAACUUUUUAAGUUGGUCCUUGAGAAAACAACUUUUCACACACUGUCACUUGGCUCAGGUGGAGAAGAUUGACUGGAGCACAUGGACUUGUGUCCUGGGAACGUCUGUUGAGGGAAUCUGGCCUCUCAUCAGUGAGGUUACAGAAGUGACCGCUGCCUGCCUUAGUAACAACAGGAAGGUGCUCGCCACAGGGGAUGAUUUAGGCUACGUCAAACUCUUCAAAUACCCUGUCAAGGUAAAAGACAUGAAGCGUAAAUUUUCUGUGGUUUGAGUGUGUAAGAGCUUCAGGCUUGUGGUUAAAUUAGUGGAAAUGUUAUGUUAAUUUCUGUGAUAAUGUCACAAGUGUUAAACAAAUGUUGCCUCUCCCCCCUAGGGAAAAUAUGCAAAGUUCAAACGCUACGUGGCCCACAGCACACACGUUACCAAUGUGCGAUGGACCCAUGACGACAGCCUCUUGGUGACUGUCGGAGGGGGUGACACGUGCCUCAUGAUCUGGGCCCAUGAGCCCGAGGGCCACCGGGAGUUCAAACAGUGUGACAGUGAGGAGUCAGACAUCGAGAGUGAGGACGAUGGAGGUGAGGGACGAGCUUCCUCCCCAGAUGUUUAGUCAUAUAUUUCUAUACCUAAGAUGGAAACAUUUUCUUUCCUCUACCAGGUUACGACAGUGAUGUGACGAGGGAGAAUGAGAUCACCUACACCAUAAAGGCCUUAUCCACAAACAUGCGACCCAUGACUGGCGUCAAACCCCACCUGCAGAUAAAGGAGCCUUCUGUGGAUGAAAGGUAUUCCUCAGUCAAGCUGAUAAAGACAUUGUAGAUGCUCAAAAGAUACUAAAGAGCAGCGAGACUAUAAUUUAUACAAACCUCUACCUCUUAUCGAAAGAAAGGUAUAAAGAGCAUUUGUUAAACCUGAAUUCUUAGUCAGUGUGUCCUUUCUUCUUCUUUCCUGUCUCUAUUGACUUGAAAUAACUCAGCCUUUUCUGCCCUUUUUUCCUUAAAUGGCUGUUCAUCUCUUACUAUCCUGCUUCCUUUUUUCUCUCUACUUGAAGACAAGGAGUGGUCAGGUAAGCUCUCAUGUUCAAUGAUCAAAGAAAAGAGACUAACCUGUAUGCAUGGUCAUAAAUAUAGAGCUAGGAUGAUAUUUAUAAUGCAUGUUGCAGUCCUAUAAAAAUCAGGUUUAAAAUGUGAAGUAAAAAUGCUUAGUAAAAAUUCAAAGUCAAGAUGCUGUUUCGGGGAUGAUAUCUCUUGUUAAUGAGCUUCUGUUCAGACUGGCAGGAAAAACUAGGCUAAACAAUGAAGUAGAGCUUAAAAUUAAUUGACUUUAAUUAGUUGAAUGUCCACUUUAGUAUGCAAUAGAGCAAAAAUCUGAAUGAGUUGUACAGGAAUGUUUUUUUAAUAGCGCUUAAAGACUUUGGGGAGUUGGUGUGAUUGAAGAGGGGGGAAGCACAAUCUACAUAUCUUCAGAUUAUCUUCACAAACCUUUUUCAGGAGGUUUGGUAUGAGUCGGCUCCUAAACAGAUCUUAAUGAAGUCAUGAUUUAUCACUUUAGCAGCUUCAGGUCUAUUGAUUUCCAUCUUUUAAAGAUGUUUCUUUUAAUGCAAGCAUCAAUGAAACAUCUUCUGGGCAGCAGUUGUCAUGGAAAUGGACUUGAGUUGUCAUGGCUACAUGAUGGCGCUGACUCUUGUAUUUUAUGUCCUCAGUGUGUCUGCAGGGCAGCAAUGAACACUCUGAGAAGCCUCUUUUUGUAAUUCUUGCUUUUUUCUUUGUUAUUGCUGCCGAGAAGAGGGUCAAGGUAAGCUCUUAACUCUCUGGUUCUUUUAUUACUAUGGAAAUAUCAGUGCAGAUAAGGCAACAAUGAAGCUUAUUUGAUGAGUGAAAAGGAGUACUUCUCUUAUUACUUAUUAUCCCAGUGUGUGGCAGACUGUAUUUUUUAGUUAUGUAUAUUCAAAUAAAUGAAAUCAGCGAUAUUUUGCAUCCUCAAAUGACUUUUAUUGAUUUUCUGUGAAUGUGUGGAGAAAACAGAUGAAGCUCUGCUAUAGCCAGGGUUGAUUUUUUCUUUUAGAAUAAAUUUUUAAUUUCUCUAAGAGCACAGUAUGACAUGUUACUACUCUCCAUCCCCUCAUGUUCACCUUUUCAGUCUCACCCUUACAUUUCUUUGCUGGUGAGAAAAAAUCUCUUAUUUCAGAAACCUUGAAAAAUCUGAAAUUCAGUCAUCAGCAUUAAAAAAAAUCCUUGCGACUGCAUUCAUUAGGUAAAACAUUACUGGCAUAUAUGAACAUGAAAGCAUAUAUUUGAGAAACUAUUGCCACAGUCGUCAGUGUCAUUAUCAUGAGCAUGAUAAAUAGCUGUGUGUCAGCUGUCUUAUCCCAGCUGUCUGUUUCAGGCCUCCUGUCAGCAGAGCGCUGCCACAGCCAGAGAAGCUGCAGACAAACAACGUGGGCAAAAAGAAGCGACCCAUCGAGGUAGGAAGGGACUGAUACCUUGAACGAAACACAACAAACUGAAUAAGAUAUGCAUACGGAGAGUGUCUGAAUUAGAGGAGUCUUGUCCCUGUCAGGACAGGAAAAAUUAGACCUGCUGCUUCUUAAUGUGAUUAUUUCUGCUGAAGACGCUGUGUGCCCAUCCAGCCACUCCGGGGACUUCAAUGAUGCUCUAAUCAAAUAAUGUCGCUCGACUUCGGCUCUGAACAUCUCAGUUGUCAUGGUGCUGACCUUUCUGACUUUAUAGCUGUCUUUUUCUGACCCUCCUGUAGGACCUGGUGUUGGAGCUGGUGUUUGGUUACCGUGGCAAUGAUUGCCGCAAUAACGUGCACUACCUGAACGAGGGGGCGGACAUCAUCUACCACACAGCCUCGGUGGGCAUUGUGCUCAACCUGACAACUUGUAAGUAGGCAGAGACAAAUCUAAAGAAAGUUCCACUCUGUGUUUACCACUUGGCAUAUUUCACUCAGUCGCUCUAUGUGGUGUGGGUGUUUUCUUCCAGCCUGCCAAAGUUUCUACGUUGAACACAGUGAUGACAUUUUGUGCCUGACAAUCAAUCAACAUCCCAAAUUCCCCAAUGUGGUGGCAACUGGCCAAGUAGGUAUGUUUGUGAGAUGUUGACCUUCUGUGUCAUCACCUACCUCAUUUUUCUUCCUUGUUUGUGCUAUUGUGAACUAUGCAAGAUGGUUAUUAUAGACCACAGACUGUCCUGUGCCUCUCAAGUUCAUCUGAAACUAACAAGCCAAAACGACCAUUUUUGUUAAACAUGGAUAGCUGAGGGAUUGCCACACUUGCAACAUUUCUUGGACACAUAUAAGCAACUCUGUGCUGACAGAAAUCAAACAACAGAGCGUAUUUAGCACAAGAUUCACAAAACAAAUAGAGAUUAAAGACACACAUAUAUUUUGGAUCAGUGUUAGAACUAUGGCAAUAUUUCUAAUGUUAAUACAACUGAUUCCUUCAUUCAUAGCAGCCACCUUUGCUCAGAAAGUCCCAAAAUGCAAUAAGAGAUGUGUUUGUCCUGUAAAUAAACUUGAUUUGUUUAAUUUACAGGUGAUACUGGUGACAUGUCAGGUGAGGAAAUUUAUAAAUAUUUUUUCAUAUAAGACAAGACACAUAAUGUUAAUGAUAAUUGAAGCAGAACACGUGUGUUUUUGGCUAAUUAUAGUCUUUAUGUUACUGCCAUCUAGUGGCCACUUGAUCAAAAGCCCUUUAAAAAUAAUGAGAGUAUAUUCUAUAAUAUUUAAAUUGAUUUAGAACUAAUGACAGCAAAUAUCUUCGAUCUUCUUAAUACUUUUUAGUUUUGGAGUUCAGUUUAAAUAUGUGUUCACAGAAUGAAGAACAAAAAUUAAAUAGCUGAGUUUGAGGUGUAGUGAUUUGGGUCAUAAGUGUGGUGUUCAGUAGCAACUAAAAUUUGCGCAGAUAAAUUUGAUUGAAAUAAUUUGAUUUCUUGUCCCUGUCCCUCAGCCACGUCUCCAUCCAUCCAUGUGUGGGACGCCAUGACCAAACAGACGUUGUCAGUGCUGCGUUGUUUCCACGCUGGUGGAGUCUGCUCUGUCAGUUUCAGUGCGACAGGAAAACUGCUGCUAUCUGUGGGCCUGGACCCUGAACACACUGUCACGAUUUGGAAGUGGCAGGAAGGUAACAAAUCCAUCAAAAACCCUCCUAAAGUCCCAGAUUAAGUUCAAAAUCACACUGCCAUUACUUUGAUUUUUGUUCACCAGGUGCCAAAGUGGCCAGCAGGGUAGGUCACACCCAGAGGAUCUUUGUGGCUGAAUUUCGACCAGACUCUGACACAAACUUUGUGUCUGUGGGGAUCAAACAUGUGCGAUUCUGGACGUUAGCUGGUCGAGCUUUACUCAGCAAAAAAGGCGUGCUGAGUCACAUAGAGGACGCUCGGAUGCAGACCAUGCUGUCUGUGGCAUUUGGAGCUGUAAGUGACUUUCAAUCAAAAGUUUGUAAAGUUUCCAGUUGUGUUCAGUGUAAUUAAUUCUGAUACAUUUUAAUGAUUGUGCUGACUAUUUUUAUUCUAUAACAUAACAUGACUGUUGAUAUUGAAGCUCAUCAGAUGUCAAUUUAUCUCCAUAAAUGUGCUGUGAAUUGUUCUUGCCUUGCUCGCUCUGCUCUCUUAGGCCACUAGAUUAGUGCAGAUUUGUUUUCUUUUCAGAAUAACUUGACAUUUACAGGUACCAUAAGUGGGGAUGUGUGUGUGUGGAAGGAACACAUUCUUGUAAGAAUUGUGGCCAAAGCUCAUACAGGCCCAGUGUUCACCAUGUACACCACACUAAGAGACGGACUCAUCGUCACAGGGGGCAAAGAAAGACCGUGAGUUCUGUUUAUUUUUAUCUCUACACCACCAAAUCAACAAACAAUUCAGCUAGCAUAGAUGGUGACAAGAUUUGAACAUGUAAAGCCCUUGAACCGGAUGAGGUUGAAGUUAAAUUCACCAGUUUAAGGAUGAAAGGUUCCUCUGUUUUUCUGUACAGGUCAAAAGAGGGAGGGGCCUUGAAGCUCUGGGAUCAGGAGCUAAAACGCUGCCGAGCGUUUCGAUUAGAAACUGGACAGAUUAUAGACUGUGUUCGCUCUGUAUGCAGAGGAAAGGUACAGUGAAUGUUUGGCUAAAUAAAAUGCCCAGAUUAUUCUCAAAUGUCUAGCUUUUUGAUAUUUUUUGCUCAUUCCUGCAUCAGGGUAAAAUCCUUGUGGGGACCAGGAAUGCAGAGAUCAUUGAAGUAGGAGAGAAGAACGCAGCAUGUAACAUCUUAGUGAACGGACACAUGGAUGGACCGAUCUGGGGACUAGCCACUCAUCCCUCCAGAGAUGUAUUUCUGUCUGCAGCCGAGGACGGCACGGUUCGCCUGUGGGACAUUCCAGAGAAGGUCGGACAACCACAGGGUCAACUUUCUCAGCGCUUCUUGUUACUGACAUGUCUCUCAGUUUUUUUAACGAAGACUUGUGCAGUUGCACUUCGUUAUUCAUGAAGUACUGUCACUCACUGGUGUGUUGUUUUUUAUGUAUUGUGGGGAAACAGAAGAUGCUUAAUAAAGUAAACCUGGGUCACCCGGCUCGCACCAUCAGUUACAGUCCUGAGGGAGACAUGGUUGCUAUUGGCAUGAAGAAUGGAGAGUUCAUCAUCUUGCUGGUCGCCUCACUCAAAAUCUGGGGCAAGAAAAGAGACAGACGCUCUCCUAUCCAGGAUAUCAGGUAAUGAGAGCAGAGUGUGACACUUUUCUGAAGGCACUGUUGGGUUCAUUGGUAUACUGGAGAAGUGACAGAUUUUCAAGAAUUUGCCUGAAUUAGGAUACUAGAAGAGCAGGCCUGAUCUCACUUUGAAUAUAUGAGUGACUUCUGUGGAUAUAUUUGGAGAGUAAUACUGUAUACUGACCGUCCUGUAGAACCUCACCAAUAAUCUGGUCAUCUGAUUUUACUGGGCCGGUGCUGACCCACCAGGAUUUACAAGUAUCACUGUGUAUGUGUUUCCUGAUAAGAAUAGGGUUUUUUGCAGCUCUAAAAGUUGCUGUGUCAGCCUGAAAAAUCACUAAGAGCAUUAUCAUAUUCAUCCAAGAUUUGUCAGGCCCUGCUUAACUGGGUCAUAAUAUCUCUACAAACUGAAGAAAAGAGAUGUUUGGUGACACUUCAUGUCUUUCUCACAGGUUCAGUCCAAAUUCACGUUACUUGGCUGUAGGGUCUACUGAAAGUGCAGUGGACUUCUACGAUCUGACGCUCGGCCCACAGCUGAACCGCAUCAACUGCUGCAGAGAUAUUCCCAGCUUUGUGAUGCAGAUGGACUUCUCUGCAGACAGCACCUAUGUCCAGGUACAAUCUGUAUAUAAUCUCAUAAAAGAGCAAGCUUGUCUCAAACUGUAAGUGGUUGUAUGAUCUCCUCGCUUGAAAUGUCUUCAAACAGAUCUCCACGGGUGCUUAUAAACGACUUGUGUAUGAGGUGCCGUCAGGGAAGCAGGUCACAGAGCAGACACACAUCGACAGGAUAACGUGGGCCAGCUGGACAAGGUCAUAGUUCCAGUAUUGAAGCUAACAUGUCAGAAAUGUACAGCAAACAUUUUCAGACUUUGAAUCUGAGCUGAGAAGAUAACUGCUCUCUGUCUCUGUCUACAGUGUCCUCGGGGAUGAGGUUGUUGGGAUCUGGUCCCGUAACACAGACAAAGCAGACGUCACAUGUGCCUGUGUGUCCCACUCAGGCCUUAACAUGGCCACAGGCGAUGACUUUGGAAUGGUGAAGCUGUUUGACUUUCCAUGUCCAGAGAAGUUUGUAAGUAUUGUAAGAUUCCAGCACUAUCUUAUGACCAGAUAUGUCUGAGGUUCAUUCAGAUGAUGUGCAUGUGAUCUGUCUUAGGCCAAACAUAAACGCUUUCUGGGCCACUCUGCUCACUUGACUAACGUUCGCUUCACAAACGGAGAUCGCUUCGUUGUCAGUGCUGGUGGAGAUGACAGAAGGUAAGCUCCAAAUAACAACAUGAAUAACAAAUUACUGUAAAGCUUGAAAUAUUAAAAGGCCCGUCCUUUCCUUCAUGUCUUUUGUAGUCUCUUUGUGUGGAGGUGUGUCCAUGCCCCUCACUGAGGAGCACACUUGGAACAUCCUGCCUCAGAGUCCCCCAGCAAGGCUCCACUGAGGAAUAAAAAACUGCUUUAAAAGAAGAAGAGGAGGAGGAAGAAGAAGAGGAGUGACUUGGCAGCUUGUAAAUGAGUCAAUGUGGUGAUUUGACUUACUGCCUCAAAACAAGGUGCAUGCGUGUGUGUAAGGCUCAUUUUCAUGUCAGCAUCAUCUGAUUGUGAACACAGAUAGAGAGCAUUCAGCUCUGCUUUUACAUCAUCCAUGAUCUCUCCUAGACAGUAUGUGCAUAUCAUUUCAGUACGGUAGUUUUUCAAUGAGCCUACAUGUCCUGAAUGGCAGGCUUUGGCCUCUGGGCAGGUCCAUGAAAUCGUGUUACUGACAAUGCCAUUUUAAAAACAUGUAGCAAACUGAAUUGGCCUUAACCUGAGUGAUCAGUUUAUGAGGGUUUGGAUUCUUUUGUAUUCUUUUGGGUAUUGUUUUUGGGAUCAUGUGGUCAUUUUUUUCUAUUUUUACUGGUAAUUCCAAAUCCUGUGGCCUUCCUCCUGAAUGUAACAUCCACAGUUAUAUUCUGGAUGUCAGCAUGCCAAAGCAUACUAUGCACUGUACACCUGACCUGGUCACUGUGUUACCCAGACGUUUCAUUUAUGGUUUGUGUAUGUAGUCGUGUUGUUGACCGGUUGACCUCAAUCCCCCCCACUCUCUGCAGUGUUUCCCCUCAUGACAUGUUAACUGUACGCGUACUUGUGUGAGGAUUUUUUUGUGGUUAGUGGGUGUGCAUGGCUUACUGGAAGACAAUCUGUACGAACCAAAAGUCCUCAGAAAACAAAAAAGAACAGAUGUAAAUUGAUGUUUCAAUGCACUGUUGCAAAUCUUUGGGUCACUUUUCAGUGUGCUGCUAUGACGUAUUGUCGCAUUUUCAUGAAUAUGAACAGUGUGACUUUUUUCAAACGGUGAGUUAAGUGUUUCAUGUAAUCAGAUAUAUUGCUUAAGUGGAAUGUUUUAUCAGAGAGAAAUUAUGAAAAGUGCAAAACAUUUUGCUUCUAACAACAGACUAACUACAAAAAAUGUUGCUGCAUAUUUUGAUUUACAUUAUACCAGUGUAAAUAUCAUUUGUACAUAUUCUUUUUGUAUAUUUUUUGUGAGAUGUUUCUUAAAUUUCACUUUAAUAAAAAAAUAAAGCAACCAUACACUU